AUGUCGUCCGCUGCCGAUAAGUCAAGGCAGUCUUCUGGCGGCAGAUCCCUCUUCUCCAGAGGCAAGCACCGCGCCGACAAGCGCUAUACCGACCUUGAUCCCAAGAGCUCGUCAGAUCAGUUCGAAACGGCGUCCAUAAUCUCUUCGCGCUCCGCGCGCCACAAGCGGGAGUCGUCGUCGAUUUCGAUCGACCAACCCAGUUCUCCUGAUGCUGGCGUAAACCAGUUGGCGGGUGUCAUCACGUCCAUCCCCUACGACGUCCCGCCAGGCGCCCCCGCCUCGACCGAGUUCAUGUCUAGGCCCGACCAGGCGCCCCCGCGCCGCGAGCCCGUCCCUCACCAGCUCAACAUCAGCGGCGUCGACUUCCACCAGUAUCCGUCCAUCGGCGACUCGGCCGCCAUGUCCGCACACUCCCACUCGCCCGCCCGGCCCGGCACCGCUUCCAACAUGCCCAACAACAUCACCAUGGCCACCACCGGCAAGCAGGCCCAGUACCAGCAAUGGGGGCCCGGGCCGAGCCUCGGCCCUGCUGGGCUUGUCCCCGGCUCGUCUCGUGUGAGCACCGCCAGCACCAUCACCAACGGCAACGGCUCGUAUCCCGUGCGCUACGACUCCUACCAAAACCCGUACAACAACGGGCGCUCCUCCGGCGAGAGCUUCAACAGCCCCUACAGCUCCGGUGGUCAGGGCUUUCUGAACCCGGCGUCCGCCCGCUCCUCGCACGUCACGCUUGCGCCCUCGCCGCCCUCGAGCUCGCACCAUUCCAUCCACUCCCUCCAUCCGCCUCACUCGCCCCGCGAGUCUCAUCAUCGGCUGACCAAGAUGAGCGCCUACGGCGCAACCUCCCACGAUGGCUUCUACUUCCCCAAGCCCGAUGACAACUAUGUGGUCGAGCAGAUGUUCAUGCAGCUCAUGCAGAAGCGAGGAUGGCACAACCUUCCCGAGCAGGCCAGGAGACAGAUGACGGCGUACCCUGCCGAGAAGAAGUGGACGCUGCUACAUCAGGACCGCUUGACGGAAUGGCAAGGAGAGCAGAAACGGAAGCAGACCGCCAGGGCCAACCAGUACGCCACGCCCGACGUCACCACUUAUUCCGACGAAGAGGGCACUCCCGAGUGGUAUGUCAGGAGGGUCAUGGAGGACAAGCUCGACGCCAAGGGGAUGGGGUCUCUGGAGGUCAACCUGAGAACGCAGCAGAUUGGCUGGGUCAAACGAUUUGUCGAAUGUCAAGGCCAAGUGGCCUUGGUUACCUUGCUACUCAAGAUCAAUAGGAAGAAUGCCAACGGCGGGCCGGCGUCGUCGACGACAGCCGUCGACACUCGAACCGAGAAGAACCUGGAUCGCGAAUACGACAUCGUCAAGUGUCUCAAGGCCUUGAUGAACAACAAAUUCGGCGCCGACGAUGCCCUGAUGCAGUCAAAGGUCCUGCUGGCCUUGGCUACCUGCCUGAUAUCCUCUCGACUUACGACCCGGAAGCUCGUCAGCGAAAUCCUCACCUUCCUCUGCACCUGGGGGAGCCAUGGCGAGGGACACUUGAAAGUCAUCCAGGCUCUGGACGAAGUCAAGACGCAGUCGGGCGAGAAUGGGAGAUUCGACGCCUGGAUGCGGCUGGUGGAGGUUACCGUGGACGGACGAGGCAAGAUGGGCAGUCUCGUGGGUGCGAGCGAUGAGCUUCGAACAGGAGGUAUUGGCAUGGAGAACUUGCUGAUGGAAUAUGCGGUGGCCACCCUGAUACUCGUCAACAUGAUCAUCGACGCGCCGGAGAAGGAUCUCCAGAUGAGGGUUCACAUCAGGGCCCAGUUCCACGCGUGUGGCAUCAAGAGAAUCCUGACCAAGAUGGAGGGGUUCCAGUACGAGCUGCUGGACAAGCAGAUUGAUCGGUUCCGCACCAACGAGGCCAUUGAUUAUGAGGAUAUGCUCGAGCGGGAGAACAGCAGUGUAAAGGACAACAUCGAGGGAGACCCCAAGGACUUGACCGACCCGAUCCAGAUCGCAGAUACGAUCCAGCAGCAGCUGCACGGAACCAAGACACACGACUACUUUGUGUCUGCUCUCCAGCAUCUUCUGCUCAUCCGCGCCAGUGAUGGCGAGGAGCGCCUGCGCAUGUUCCAGCUCGUCGACUCGAUGCUCAGCUAUGUCGCCAUGGACCGCCGAUUACCCAACAUGGAUCUCAAGCAGAGUCUCAACUUUACGGUUCAGAGUCUGCUGGACAAGCUGCAUACCGAUUCCGAAGCCCGGCAGGCACUCGAUGAGGCGUUGGAGUCCCGUCAGAUCGCCGAGGCCGCCAUGGCCGAGCGAGACGAGAUGAAGGCCAAGUUGGAGCUCGGCGCUGAUGGACUAGUAGCCAAGCUGCAGAAGCAGCUAGACGAACAGUCUCGGUUUAUCGAGGCUCAGAGACGCCAGGCUGAUGGUCUCAAGGUCGAGCUGAAUAAUCUUCAAAGCGUCCGAGCCAAGGAAGCGCAGCGUUAUGAGCUUGAAACAAGAGAGCUGUACCUUAUGCUGCGGGACGCCCAGGACAUUGCGGCAUCCAACGCUGUUAAGGCCAGCAGUGGCAAGCCCGGCAAAGACAACACGGCACAGAUGCAAGGCAUUCUCGACCGCGAGCGCCUCAUGGAGCGUCUGCAGAAGCAGCUUGAGCGCCAAAAGACCCAGUACAAGCUGGAAGGCAGGAUUUGGGGAGACUCGGAUGGCCCCUCGGACCGCCUCCGUGCCCUCAGGGAAGCCAUGGAUGGCGAUGAGGAGCCGGGCACUCCCCCUGGCGGCGGCACACCACCGCGCGACUUCACCAACAGCGUACUCGGAACUAUUCACCGCGGCCGGAGAGCCUCCAAACGGCCAACGAAGCUCGAGCAGAGCGCCAUUGAUGAGGAUGAUACGGAGAUGGACGAGGAGGGUGUCGUCAUCGAGCGUCCUAGGAUCAUCGAGAUGAGGCGCCCGACUGUCGAUGCAAAGCAGCAGGCCCAGCUCAUGGGUGAGAUUGGCAACAAGGUCAAGCGAUACGAGGGCAGCGAUUCCGAAGCCGACGAGGGCGCCACCACGGGCCCAUCUCACCCGAGCAUGGACUCGUCGUCCUCCCCCAUCACCCCGGCAGAAGGCGAGGCUCCCAAGGUCGAAAUCACCCCUACCGCCGGACCCCCUCCGCCCCCUCCGCCUCCGCCUCCCCCGAUGCCCGGUCACUUGCCCGGCGUUCCCCCGCCUCCGCCUCCUCCACCUCCUCCACCGAUGCCGGGCGCGUUUCCCACCGGCGGUCCUCCACCUCCGCCUCCUCCUCCCCCUAUGCCUGGCAUGGGGAUGCCUCCGCCACCCCCACCUCCUCCUAUGCCUGGUGCUCAUGGUAUGGCACCUCCCCCUCCCCCGCCUCCUGGCAUGCCCGGCCACGUGUCCGGACAUUACUUGCCCCAAACGCCUUCUUUCGGCCCUUCGCCUACUAUGGGCUUGCCGGUGAUGCGGCCUAAGAAGAAACUCAAGGCUCUCCACUGGGAGAAGGUCGACACCCCCGAGACCAGUCACUGGGCAGCCCACGCCCCCUCAGCCGAGGAGAGAGAACAGAAGUACAACGAACUUAGCCGCAGAGGUAUUCUGGACGAAGUCGAGAAGCUCUUCGUGGCUAAGGAGAUCAAGAAGAUUGGUGGAUCUGGCGGCAAGAAGGAUGACAAGAAACAGCUGAUAUCGUCCGAUCUUCGGAAAGCAUUCGAAAUCGCCUUUGCCAAGUUUUCUCAGUAUUCUGUCGAAAAGAUUGUGCAGAUGAUCAUCCACUGCGACGAUGUCAUACUCACGAACCAGGGUAUCAUGGAUUUCUUGUCAAAGGACGACAUGUGCAACAUCAAUGACAACGUUGCCAAACAAAUGGCUCCGUACAGCAUAGACUUGACAGGGCCGGACGCUAAGAGCCAGACGCGAGAGUUGGACCCCGAGGAGCUCACACGGCAGGAUCAGAUGUAUCUGUACACGGCCUUCGAACUGCACCACUACUGGAAGAGCAGAAUGAGGGCUCUUGCGCUCACGCAGAGUUUCGAAUCCGAUUACGACGAGAUCAGUUCGAAGAUGCAGGACGUUGUCACUGUCUCUGAGUCAUUGAGAGAUUCAGUCUCCCUUAUGAAUGUUCUUGGUCUCAUCUUGGACAUUGGAAACUACAUGAACGAUGCCAACAAGCAAGCCCGCGGUUUCAAGCUCAGCUCGCUCGCCAGACUGGGCAUGGUCAAGGACGACAAGAACGAGUCGACCCUGGCCGAUCUCGUGGAGCGCAUUGUUCGAAACCAGUACCCAGAGUGGGAAUCAUUCGCCGACGACAUUACCGGUGUCAUGACGGCGCAGAAGAUCAACAUUGAGCAGCUCCAGGCCGAGGCGAAGAACUACAUUGCCAACGUCAAGAAUGUACAAAUGUCCCUGGAUUCUGGUAACUUGAGCGACCCCAAGAAGUUCCACCCGCAGGACCGCGUUGGCCAAGUCGUUCAGAGGGUGAUGAAGGAGGCGAGGAGGAAGGCGGAGCAGAUGCAGGUCUACUUGGAGGAGAUGAUGAAGACGUACAAGGACAUCAUGCUGUUCUACGGCGAAGAUCCUUCGGACGAAAAUGCACGGAGAGACUUCUUUACCAAGCUGGCCUCGUUCUUGAUGGAAUGGAAGAAGUCACGAGACAAGAACAUCCAGCUAGAGGAGCAGAGAAAGCGCAACGAGGCUUCCAUGAAGCGCAAGAACGCACAGACAAAAUCUGCCAGCCUUUUGGCAGACAAUGGGCCCGCAUCGCCUUCCAGCACUGGCGCCAUGGACUCGCUGCUUGAGAGGCUUCGGGCAGCCGCACCACAGGCGCGGGAUCAGAGAGACCGUCGCCGUCGUGCCCGCUUGAAGGAUCGCCACCAGGUCCGCGUAGCCUCUGGGCAGAAGAUUGACGCCCUCGACGAGAUACCCACUGUCGAAACGAACCUCUCUAAGACGGAGCCGGCAAUCAGCGAAGAGGGAGAGGCCCAGACGCCGACUUCCCAUCCACCUCCGUCACGAGAUGGCAAUGAAGGGGACGAUAUCGCCGACCAAGCAGCAGCGCUAUUACAGAAGAUGCGCGGAGGCGACGGAAACGACGAAGCGGAUGUCGAGAGGAGAGAGACGAUGAGAAAGGCGAGGAGGCAGACGGCAGAGGAGGAACGAAGGCUAAGAAGGAGACGGAGGGAAAGGGCUUCGAGCACGGUGGACGCAUCAAAGGACGAGUCCUCCAUUCUAUCAGUGGCAGAGGAGCCAUCCACGCCAGCAACGGAGCAGCCCAAGCAAGAGGAGGAGACGACACCGGGAACGCCAGCGACGCCAGCGGUAGAAGUGACGGUGGAGGCAAAGUCGGAUGAGAGCGCCAGCCAGGACGGCAAACCGGAGGAAUCCGACAAGGCGCAGGAGUAA